AUGGCCUCCCAAAUGGGCACCAUUGCCCAGCUGCUGGAUGCAACUUUAGAUCCCGGCACCCAUAAGAAAGCCGAGCAAGCCCUCAAACUCGAGCAGGCCAAGCCUCAAUACUCCCUCCACCUGCUCAACAUCGUCGCCUCAGAACCUCUUCCUCUCAAGACCCGUCUAGCCGCCGCCCUGGCCUUCAAGAACUUCAUCCGCUCUAACUGGGUUGACGCCGACGGCAACUAUAAGCUCCCCGGCGAUGAGGUGCAAACAAUCAAGUCCCAGCUCAUCGGCUUGAUGAUUUCUUGCCCGCCCACUAUUCAGACCCAGCUCGGCGAUGCUAUAAGCAUCAUCGCUGACUCCGACUUCUGGGAGCGCUGGCAAACACUGACCCAGGAGCUCGUCGAGCGCUUCUCCCCCGUCGACCCCAAGGUCAACAUUGGCGUCCUCGAGGUCGCCCACUCUAUCUUCGUCCGCUGGCGCCCUCUCUUCAGAACCGACGAGCUCUACACCGAGAUCAACCACGUCAUCAGCACUUUUGCACAGCCCUUCGUGCAAUUGCUGAUCCAAACCGACGAGCAGAUUACCAAGAACACUCAGAACAAGGAUGCCCUGAAGAGCUGGUUCGAGGCUCUCAGUCUCAUGAUCAAGAUCUUCUACGAUCUCUCCUCUCACGACAUGCCCCCGAUCUUCGAGGAACACCUGGCUUCCAUCUCCGAGCUUCUCCACAAGUACCUCACGUACACGAACCCGAUUCUCGAGACCGACGACGAUAGCGAAGUCAGUGUCAUCGACACCGUCAAGGCGGACAUUUGCGAGGCUCUGGAGCUAUACACGCUCAAGUACGAUGAGGACUUUGGAAAGUACACCGAGCCCUUCAUCACCAACGCCUGGAACCUUCUCUCCAGCACCGGGGCCGAGACCAAGUACGACUUGCUGGUGAGCAAGGCUCUGCACUUCUUAACCGCGGUCGCUGGCACGUCGCAACACUCGGGCGUCUUCGCCGAUGAGAACGUUCUGGGUCAGGUGGUCGAGAAGGUCAUCCUACCCAACGUUGCUCUGCGUGAGUCCGACUUGGAGCUGUUCGAGGAUGAGCCCAUCGAGUACAUCCGCCGGGAUUUGGAGGGCUCCGACACCGAUUCCAGACGGCGGUCUGCUACCGAUUUCUUGAGGAGACUUCAGGAAAAGUACGAGCAGCUGGUCACCGGCGUUGUCUACAAGUACAUUAACCACUACUUGGAGCAGGGCAAGUCUGAUUGGAAGGCAAAGGACACAGCCGUAUAUCUCUUCAUCUCCAUCGCUGCCAAGGGCUCUGUCACGGCUGCUCAGGGUGUCAAGACGGUCAAUUCGUUGGUCAACGUCGUAGACUUCUUUGAGCAGCACAUCGCAGCGGACCUGAUGGCGAGCGGAGGCGUCGAGCCCAUCUCCAAGGUUGACGCCAUCAAAUACCUGCACACGUUCCGCAGUCAGUUGACAAAGGAGCAAUGGAAACUGGCGUUCCCUCCUCUGAUCCAGAACCUGGCUUCCGACAACUACGUCGUUUACUCGUAUGCCGCAAUUGCGGUUGAGCGCCUGCUCUUUUUGACGGACGAUUCCGGAAAAGCCAUGUUUCCCCGCGAGGACAUUCAGCCCUUCGCCAAGGACUUGCUCGACCAUCUGUUCAAACUCAUCGAGAAGGAGAGGACGCCUGCCAAAUUGCAAGAGAACGAGUUCUUGAUGAGAUGUGUCAUGAGAAUCCUCAUCGUUCUCAAGGACGGCGCUGCCCCUCUCGUUGAAGGUGUCCUGACUCACUUGGUUGCUAUCACCAACAUGAUCAAACAGAACCCCAGCAACCCGCGCUUCUACUACUACCACUUUGAGGCUCUCGGUGCGCUCGUCAGAUAUUGUUCUUCCACACAUGCGCCCCUGUUCAACCAGCGCCUCUGGGAGCCGUUCAACCAGAUUCUGGUCGAGGACGUUACUGAAUUCUUGCAGUAUAUCUUCCAGAUCCUCGCACAGCUCCUGGAAUCGAGCCCCGCAGAUGCCAUCUCAGACAACUACCGGGCCUUCCUGUCCCCUCUCCUUGAGCCGGCGCUGUGGGAUACCAAAGGCAAUGUUCCGGCCUGCACCCGGCUUCUCUCAUCAAUCAUUCCAGCGACUUCGGCCUACGUUGUUUCCGACAACAAGCUCGAGCAAAUCCUGGGUAUCUUCCAGCGUCUCCUCGCCCUCAAGAAGUACCAGUUAUACGCCUUCGAUGUCUUGGAGUCGGUUGUGAAGUCUCUCGAGCCUGGCGUCGUCGACCCGUACUUCGGCACUAUUCUCAGCUUGAUAUUCACCAAGCUACAGGGUAACCCUCCCGACUCGCUGAAGCUCCGCUUCGCUCGGUUCUUCCAUCUCGUCUCGGCCCGCGUCGAGGCUGGUUACGGAGCCGACUACUUCAUGCAGCACUCGGAGAAGAUCCAAGAGGGCAUUUUUGCCAAGGUGUACCCGCCGUUCGUCUUGGCCGAGACGGAGAAACUGGCUCGUCCUGUUGACCGUAAGCUUGCAGUGGUUAGUCUUACCAAGACUCUCUGCGAGUCGCAGGCUUUCGCACAGAAGUUCGCCAAGGGCUGGGCCAACACGUGCAAGAUACUCCUUGCCCUGCUCGUCAACCCACCUGUUGUAUCGGCCGGACUUGGAGACGAGAUCAUCGCCGAGGCCGAUGUCGACGAUAUUGGCUUCGGCCUAUCGUACACGGCGCUCAACACCUGCAAGCCGAUUGCGCGCGACGAUUACCCAGAAGUCACAGCGGUGGCUCCCUGGGUCAGCGCGUAUAUCAGCUCCGCCAACCAGCGCCACAAUGGCGCCAUCGUCAACUUUGUCAACACGCGUUUGACGCCCGAGCAGCAGCAAGCACUGCAGCAGUACUUGCAAUAG